AUGUUACAUUAUUGUAGUAAGUUGGCAAACAAAGUUCACAUGACCACUGGCUUUCAAGAUGUAGCAUCCCAAAACGAUACACAAAACGUGGAUAAUGUUAAUACACUCAGGAAGCCAAAGAAAUUCAAACCCAGGACUUUGAGUAAUCAAAAUCAGGCACCAAUGAACGCGCCAGAGGGCAUAAGGAGUGUUACGUUUGGCUCCACCAAUGAGGCGUCUGUAUCUUUGUCUUCAGGCUCAGGACGGUCAGCCAGCACUUCCCAAACUUUGGUGGAUGACUUCCCGGCGACGACCGCUGGCGUAUUGGAGCAAGUCCCGAAAAAGCGAGCCCAAUACCAGCCCAAGCGCAAGAUUACCAAGGUAACCGAAGAAGACGAUUGCCUGGAAGGUUGA